UAGCAAAAGAGAGAAUUCGGUCCAAGAAAAAAAAACUAGAGACAAAAACUCUUCUUCUUACGCUCACUCACACACACUCAACAGAGAGAGAGAGAGAGAGGAACUAGGGAAACAGAUACUCUGGAAUCGUGAGCCGAAAGAGGGUAACUAGGGAAACAAAAGAGAAAAAAAGACAAGAAUUUCCCCCCGCAUCUUGAGGCUGAAUGCGCAAGAUAUAAAAGAGAAGGGAACCAAGGGAUUUUGAAAUUUGAUCGGAAUAGAGGAACAAGAAGCAAGGAUCUAGUUGAGGAAUCAUGGAAGUGGAGAUGGAAAACACCACAUUGAGUGUUACUGGUGAAUCAUCUAUACCUGGUUCUGAUGUUCAAGAUCAAAACCCUGUUUCUGUUCAACCAACUUUGCCCCAGCCACCUCAACCUGUUAUUCCACCAGUUAUUACUCCUGUCGUGCCUCCUCUGGCUCCACUUCCUGCAGUUCCUUCCUCUCUUGUCCGGCCUCUGGCACCGCUUCCAGUCCGGCCACCAGUUGUUAGGCCACCGGUUCCGCAAAAUGGUGAGGCUGGGUCUAGUGAUUCUGAUUCAGAUGAUGGUGCAGACACCCGAAUUAAUAAGGGUACCGGGGAGUAUGAGAUAUCAGAAGAGAGUAGACUGGUGAGGGAGCGACAGGAGAAAGCGAUGCAAGACCUCAUGAUGAGGAGGCGUGCUGCUGCUCUUGCUGUUCCCACAAAUGACAUGGCAGUGAGGGCCCGUCUUCGCCAUCUUGGCGAGCCAAUUACUCUCUUUGGCGAGAGGGAGAUGGAGAGAAGAGACAGGUUGCGGAUGAUUAUGGCAAAGUUGGAUGCCGAAGGUCAGUUGGAAAAGCUAAUGAAAGCUCUUGAGGAUGAAGAGGCCGCGACCUCUGCUCCCAAAGAUGAAGCUGAGGAUGAUCUGCAGUAUCCUUUUUACACUGAAGGGUCAAAGUCUCUCCUGGAUGCAAGGAUUAAUAUCGCUAAAUAUUCUUUAGUAAGGGCCGCGUUGCGUAUUCAACGUGCCCAGAGAAGAAGAGAUGAUCCAGAUGAAGAUGUGGAUGCAGAGAUGGAUUGGACGUUGAAGCAGGCAGCGAAUUUGAGUCUUCAAUUCAGUGAAAUAGGAGAUGAUCGACCACUUACUGGUUGCUCGUUUUCCCGGGAUGGAAAAGGGCUUGCUACCUGUUCUCUAACUGGAGCUUCCAAGUUGUGGAGCAUGCCUAAUGUAAAAAAAGUGUCUACCUUCAAGGGGCACACCGAGCGAGCUACUGAUGUUGCUUAUUCUCCUAUGCACAAUCAUUUAGCAACUGCCUCUGCUGACCGUAAAGCAAAGUACUGGAAUGAUCAAGGAUCCCUUUUGAGAACAUUUGAGGGCCAUCUUGAUCGUCUUGCACGCAUUGCCUUCCAUCCAUCAGGGAAGUACCUGGGCACUGCUAGCUUUGACAAGACAUGGAGAUUAUGGGACGUUGAAACAGGAGAGGAGUUGCUUCUUCAAGAAGGCCAUAGUAGAAGUGUAUAUGGUUUAGCUUUUCAUCACGAUGGAUCCUUAGCUGCAUCUUGUGGACUGGAUGCUCUGGCUCGUGUAUGGGACCUUCGAACUGGGAGAAGUGUUCUUGCCCUAGAAGGUCAUGUCAAACCUAUUCUUGGCAUCAGUUUUUCUCCUAAUGGAUACCAUUUAGCCACUGGCGGUGAAGAUAACACUUGUCGCAUUUGGGACUUGAGGAAGAAGAAAUCCUUGUACACCAUUCCUGCUCACUCUAACUUGAUAUCUCAAGUCAAAUUUGAGCCACAGGAGGGUUACUUUUUGGUAACUGCCUCAUAUGAUAUGACAGCCAAGGUUUGGUCAGGACGGGACUUUAAGCCCGUGAAGACAUUAUCUGGGCAUGAAGCUAAAGUUACUUCUCUGGAUGUUCUUGGAGAUGGUGGGUAUAUUGUUACUGUCUCCCAUGACCGCACCAUAAAGCUAUGGUCAAGCAGCACUACUGAUGAGCAAGCUAUGGAUGUUGAUUAACCUAUUUGGAUGGGAUACGAUUUGUAAAAGGACCUUGGUGGUGGGAAUUCAUUUUUGUAACAAAGGCGUAGCUUGAGUCUGUAGUUUGGGUUUUAGUAUUUAUAUAUUACAUUGGAAAUAUAUUACAUCAAGUUAUGUGGCUGACAACAUAAUUGAGUGACUUAUAGGAUGAAAACAGAAAUAUUGUUUUUCUCACUUAAUACUGUUUUGUCCAAAUUUAUAAUCUUCAUGAAGAUGCUUA